CAUGAUCACCAAAUUUUGGCAACUCUAUAGAGUUCUUGACGAGCACAAGGCCAGAGCCGACGUGGUCUUGCUUGCGGCUGCGAAGAAGAAAGCUCGUCAGUUGCAGUACGAGGUGCGCUGGGUUGCCGUCUCGCAGUACUACCACUACUACCUGCACCAAAAGAUGACCAAAACUCAAGCGCAGAAGCUACGACUUACCUUGAGCAAGGAGCAGUUCAUGAUGGUUGUUCCUCGUUGGUGCUAUGGAAGGCAUGACGGAUGGGCGAGUUUGGUGGAUAGGUGGCUCGGCGCCGAUGCAGAGUUUGCUGCCAAGAGCAUCAAGGCCCGGGCUAACCGUGGAGACGACGGGACACACGGCCAAGGAAACAGGAACCACUGGGGCUUCAAGGCCAUGAAGGAGGACAAGUUGAAGAGGCCGCUCUCAGACAUGGAGUCGUGGAAGAUGGCCCGCGAGCGGAGUCAUCGCAAGGAGGGCAAGAGCCAGUACUACGGCAAGACCGAGGAGCACCUGGGGUCUUACAUUCAUCACUAUCAGGAGUUGCAUCCGGAUGUUCCUGUUGCUGAGGUCGCCCAGUCUCAGAUCGACGACACGGCGGUGGUGGCCAUCCAGGGGAAGAAGAAUGGCCGCCUCGGGCUACCAACCAGAGCCAGUUAG